AAGGUAUGAUGUUAUUUGUCACCAUGCCCAAAAAAGUCCUUACUUGAUAACUUUGCCAGAAGAGGGAGAGAGAGAGAAGGCAAAUGUUCCCCCAGCUGUUUCCUGUCUACAGUGUCUGUGUUUUGUAGAUAAAUGUGAGGAUUUUCUCUAAAUCCCUCUUCUGUUUGCUAAAUCUCACUGUCACUGCUAAAUUCAGAGCCGCUAGAGCCUGCGCAAUGGAAUAAAGUCCUCAAAAUUGAAAUGUGACAUAGCUCCCGACAUAUUCCCCAUCUCUCUGGAUUCUCUUCUCCCAUUAUUACUGCUCACCAAUUCAUUUUCAGACUUUGCACUUCAGGAGCAAUGGACAAAUUCAACAGUCUUUCAACACAAUUCUCUAAGUGCUGCCUUUGUGAUUUCUUGAAGGUGAAGAUGCAUACUGUGUCCUCUGUCCAUCUCUUCUACCUGGCCCUGUGCUUGCUCACCUUGACCAGUUCAGCCACAGCGGGGCCAGAGACACUCUGCGGUGCCGAGCUGGUGGAUGCCCUCCAGUUUGUAUGCGGAGAAAGAGGUUUCUACUUCAGCAAGCCCACUGGGUAUGGAUCUAGCAGUCGGCGUUUACACCACACGGGGAUCGUGGAUGAAUGCUGCUUCCGGAGCUGUGAUCUGAGGCGGCUAGAGAUGUACUGUGCACCAAUCAAGCCAGCCAAGUCAGCUCGCUCGGUGCGUGCCCAACGCCACACCGAUAUGCCCAAAGCCCAAAAGUAUCAGCCUCCAUCCACCAACAAGAAAACGAAGGCUGAGAGGAGGAGGAAAGGUGGGCCAGAGAAACACCCAGGAGGGGAGCAGAAUAAGGGAAAAGAAGAGAGACAGCAGAGCAGAGGAAAGAAGAAAAAGCAGAGGAGGGAGACUGGAGAUAGAAAUACUGAACGCAGAGGAAAAAACAGGAAAAUGGAGAGAAGGAAUAAACAGACAGAGGAGAUCCAUUUGAAGAAUGCAAGCAGAGGGAGCUCAGGAAGCAGGAACUACAGAAUGUAAGAGCCGCCAUCCAGGGACGAAGAAUGAACAUGCCACCUCGGCGGGAUCCUUCUCUGUAAAUAAGUUAUUUGUCCAACAUUGGAAGACUUUAAAAACAAUAACAAACAAACACACCGGUUGUUUUCAUAAGCUUGAUGAAAUAGCCAAACAAUGGGCAUUCUCCCUAGGGGUCGGGUGGGGUGGGGGUGGGGGGCGGAUUGAGCAAACAUUCCAAUGUUAAAGACCAGUGUCGACCCCUUGCUAAACACCUUCCCAGAGCUGCUGUGUUGCUCUCUGAUCCUGUCCCUGCUCUACUCUCUCCUGAACAAAAACAAAGCAAAAUCUAUUCCCUUCCUUCUCAAAAGCCCACAAGUCCACGGGCCUCCAUAGAUGCAAUUGCUCGGAAAUCGAUCUAUGAACCCUUGGCUGGGAGAGCAGCGCAUUCACCAGCCUUGUCUAAGUGUGUGUGGGAGCGUGAGUGUGUGUGUGGGAGUGAGAGAGUGUGAGUGUGUGAGCGUUUUAUUUUUAUUUGCACUUCUUUAACAAACAACAGGGCUGUUUGUUUUAACAGUGUCAGAUAACGUCUGUUUGUCUUUUCCCUUCCCUUCCAUUUGCACAAUGCAAACACUCUCGGUAGCCCACCCCCAGCAGGAAAGUAACACACAAGAUUUCCAAACACACACACACACACAGCUUCCCAUCUGUGGCACUUGGACCAAAUAUGGGUUGGAUUCAUUUAGUUUAAAGGCAAAGCUUUCUUUCCUCACCCAACCCCUAUCCCGCCUGCUCUUCCUCCACAAGCCAGUAGACACAAUUGGUGAAACAAAUUCUGUUGUAGCCCCAAGUCCCAAAGCAUAGUAGUCUCUGGAGUGCUCAGUGUCUCCUCCUGUAAUCUAAGUAAUUUCUCCUUUUAUUUUUUCCCAUAUAAAAGCAGUAUGUAAAAUUUAGCAUAUCGUUAAUACAGAAUAUUCUCAAAUCGUACGUACAACUCUGUUUUCUAGUACAAUGGUGCUAUUUUGUAGUUUGUUAUAUGAAGGAGUCAGGCCAAAACCGUAACUGGCGAAAGCGAAAUGAAGGAGAGAGGAACAAAGCCAAAAAGAAUUGAAAAAUCCGUCUCUUUUUGAUGGAAAGCAAAGAAUAUACUUCCUCCCCCCACCCAUCGAAAACUUUUUUUUCUAAAAAUGAUAGAAAAAUGAAGAUACCAAGAAUGAUUACCUCCCUCUAAAUGAGAGAGUAUAAAGAGAAAACAGUUUAGCAAAUAGUGUUGAGGAUUGAGAGUUAGAAGUUCUUCCUUUCCUCUCAAUUUUUUGGGGAAAAAAUGAUCCCUUUUUCACCCUACCCUCAGGCUCUGCUGUGGACUCACCACUGUGUGACCUUGGGCAAGUCACUUCACCACUCUGUGCCUCAGUAUCCCCAUCUGCAAAAUGGGGAGAGUACUUGUCAUCUACCUACCUCACAGGAGUGGUGUGAGGAUUAAUAAGAAAAGGGUCUAGAGUCUACCACACAAAAAUGAUUUGCUAGAAUGAAAGGAAUCCUAUGUAUGGGUGACAAUAACAUAACAAUAGGAUGCAUUCACAAAUUACUCGAACAUUAGGGAGGCUGUGCUAAUAACUCACCAGGCUUCUCAGAACUAUUUCAAAGCACAUAGGAUAUGUUAGAUUUGAGGACUGGAUAGAAUUGUGCAUUUUUAUUUCCAUACACAAAGAUAAAUAGAAAGUGAGAGAGAAGAGGAGAAAACAGAGAAAAAGAUGAAUUUGGCCUAAUUUCUGCCAUUGAAGAAGAGGACUUUGCUUAAAUUUUCAGGAUACAAUGAUUCUUUCAGGCAGACAAUCUCCAUGUAGUAAAUGCCUCUUCUGGUGCAUGAAAUAAUCAUCUAGAUACUGAAAUUUUAAAAUUUGAUCCUUCCUUAUAGGCCCAUGUAUCCCAUAGUUCAAAAUAUCUAAACAGUGUCUAAUAAAAUAAUCAUAGAAUAACUGUCUUGAAUAAAUUUUCAUCUAAGCUCUGACUCAUGCAUCACUAUAUAUGUAUUUUUUUAAGUCAACUGCUUUUCACUAAAUUUGGUAGCUAGUAAGUUCUAAAACAUUUCCUUGGCCAGCCAGAAAAUUUUGUUCCAUUAAAAAAAAAAUUCUGUCCAGGAAUCUCUUAUAAAUAUUCCACAGACACUUUCUGGGUUGCCACAGAACUUUGGUCUUAGGAAAGUGGGCAUGGAGAACUGGCCCAGAGAAGCUCAUGGGUCCUGGUUUCCUAAGAUCCUCAAGAAUGUGGCUAUGACUUUCAAGGUUGCUCUGAAGCACAUUGAUUUGGUGAUGUUAGGCCCUGGUCCCACAGUCAGCUAUUUCCCUAAGGUGCACUCAAGCAUCCCUCCACUGAUUCUUCUCCCAAUAAUCUAAAGCUUAUUGGUUAUAUCUAACAGAGACAUUAAACAAGGGGCUAAGAAAAUCUUUAUUCCCAAGGAAACAUCAAUAUGCAAGUAUUUAUAAAGCUCCUAUUGUGUGCCAGGCACCAUGCUCUUUAAAACAUUAAUUUCUGUUUGGGGUGGGGGAGGAAGAGAAAAAAAAUGUCAUAAUGUGAAAAGUCUUGUCAUGCUGCCUCUGUAUCAUUAAUGGGGCUUUGUAAAUAUUCCUAGACUCUUUGAAUCUCAGAGUUAGAAGAGACCUUCAAGGUCCACUGAGUCUAUCCCAUUCCCCAAUGCAAGAAUAUCCUCAAUGGUGAAGCACAUGAACUAGUCGGCCUUCACAUCUUUUUCCUCCACUUCCAUGAAAAGCACUGAGUUCUCGGGCCUUUCUUACAAAUCUUAUUCUCUUUCAUGUGAGGGGCCCAUCUCGCCUUUAUGCACUUCGUAUGUUCACAUAAUACUGUAAGAAAGAGAACAUUUGGGCUCCUCAGCCCACUGAGUCAUUUUGUUGGGAAACAAAGGAAGAGAAUCUCUCGAACUAUAAGCCCCUCAGUGUCAAUACACUUUCCCCAGAGUGGGGAGGUCAUUAUUUCAAAUCAAAGGAGGUCAUGUAUAGAAAAACACUUUGCAAAUAUUUUGUCAAGGUCAGUCAUUAAAUACCAAGUGUGACUGCUAAAGAACAGAAAAAUACUUCCCUCCCCAUUUAGAGUUAGAUACCUAGAAGCAAAAACUUUUGAACUGAAAUUGGGUAGAUAAGGUAGUGAAUCUUACACUAAUCUGUUCAUUUAGAAAGAUUUUUAAAAUAGUCUAUAAUGUGUGCUUUUUUGAACGGGGAAGCUAUAAAGAGAACAAAGGGAAGGAGGAAUGAUUUUUUUUUUAAUUCCUUAGCAAUAGACUUAAAAUACUUUCUUAAAUCAAUCAAUUAAUCAACAAAAACAUAUUAAGCUCCUACUAUGUGCCAGGCACUGUGCUUGUUGCUAGUGAGAGGAAGAUGAUGAUAACGACAAGAAGAAGAAUGAAACAGUCUCUAUUUCCAUGGAGUUCAUAUUCUUUAAAGGGAGACACCAUAAAACAUCAAUCAGUUAAUAAGCAUUUAUUAUGCACCUACUUAUGUGUCAAGGAUUGGAUAUACAAAGACACACACACACACAAACUAUCCAUACUACACAUCUGAUAAAAUGUCAUUUUGUAUGUGAGAACAGUAUCCAUCUAUCUCCAGUCAAGAAACUUUUAUUGAUUUAACUAGACUUGCAUUCAAUAGCAUGGGAGGUUGUACAAAAGAUUAAUCUUGGACUUUGAGGGAGUAGUGACAGACUCUCUGAGGAAGGGCAACACUCUCUCCCUAAAAAGACUAUCAUGGUAGCUGUUUUACUAAUGCAAUUAGUUUAAAUUCCCCAGCCUCCAGCAGAACUUCCAAGGGGCCAUUCCUGGGUCUCCUGACCCAGGAUGGUACAAGAUAUUCUGGGUGUUAGCUAGACCCCAGCUAGUGGUUUCUUUGUUCCAUCUACUAAUUUUAUACUGGAAGAGAAAGAACAAUAUAUACAUAUAAAUACCACAGGAAGAGAUUGCCCAAAGCAAAAGAGCCUAAUUGACAUCUGCUUCGAUCAAUGUGAUGAAAUGAAAGAGUUUGGGGUUCAACUCUGCCAAUUACUACUUGUGUGUUAAGAAGAUUGAACUAGAGACCGCCCUAUGGUGUGCAAGGCACUCUCCUAGGUGCUGAUGACACAGCUACACAAAUGAGAGCGAACCUGCCCUGAAGGAGCUCACGUUUUACUAUGAUGCUACUCUGUAACCAUCAUCCAAAAAAGGGAUUCCAAUGCCCAGUUCAGCUCAGUAGUAAAUACAGGUGUGGUCCUCUUUCCAAACAUCAGAAUCUCUCUCUCUCUCCUAUUGGUACAGAAAAACUACUUAAACUUACCAGUCUAGAAUACACUAGAGGGUUCUAGAGGCUUCAUGGUGGCAUUUGGAGCACAAAUUAAUUCCCUGAUCAGUUUCUGAAAAUUAAAAAAAAAAAUCCUAUGCAGGAGCCAUUUCCAAACUACCCCUGCCCACGAGGGGUUAGUUUGCUGGUAUGUAGGAAGUCCCCUAUGCCCAAAGGCUCAAGGGUCUCCAUAGGAACAAAUACAUUUCCUAGGAGGCUUAUAGAGGAGUACAGAGCAGACCAUCUUGCUUUCCUGUUUACGGAUUUGGCCGGCAAUGCCAAAGUGGUGCUAUUGUUUGUUUAAGAAAGUACUUGACUAAAACACAAAAGAAAGCAUAGAAAUAUUUUUUUAAAGUAUUAAAAAAAAACAAUGAUUCUAUAGAUGUAAGGCUUAUUGAAAUAGAAUUAGGUCUAGCCAUCACCUUUCAACUUUUUUUUAUCACUCACAAGUAGCAAAGCCUCCAAACAGUUAACUUGGGGGCGGGGGUAGAAGUUGGACAUUAAGGUCAGCAAAAGCCCUCCAUGACUUUGUAGGCUCUUGAAAUUGGAAAACUCAUCAGGAUAUUAAGACAACUAAAUACCUUGGCUCAAGGCACAAACAUAAAUGAAGAACAGAAUUUCUAGGUGAACUGGCAGAGCUCAAAUGGAGGCACAAUCAAGGCGUGAUUGCCCUGUUAUCUGCUCCCAGGGCAGAAAGUCAAAAGAUUUUGAGGAGCAAAUGAGGGGUAUAGGUGGGGAUGUGCAGUCACUGCUAAGAAUAUCAUUUCCCCUUUCUCCUUAAUGACAUGCUUCAGCACUUCCUCAUUCAUGGAAGUUGUUCACCCUUCAUUUAAAUAUCUCAAGGAGCAUUUAGCUCUUACUCCUAUAGAAAGCAAAAUCUCUCAUCUUUGCAAGGAGCCAGGCCACAUAGCAUUCCCAAUGUGAGACAUAGUUUAUCUACUGAUAAAGGUAAAGAGGACAACUUAUGAGAAAGAGUUGAAAGAUAUGGCUAAAAAUCUGUGAAGUUUUUUUUUAAACUUUAUUUUGUCUUGAUAAUUAUCUUAACGUGCAAAAAAAAUGACUCAGUUCUUUCUUUCAUCUUUUUUUUCCUUUUUUUUGGAAUAAGGGGUAGUAAGUUAAACCCAAAUAGUCUUUGAAACUAUAGGAUAGUUAGGAAAAAAUGUAUGUUUGACUUAAUGAAGUUAUAAUCAGUCUAUUUAAGAUAGUUUGCAUUUAUUUUUUAGUAUUAAAGGAAUUGUACUAAUUUAUUUGAGAGGUACUUGCUACGGUUGGCUCUCUAUGAAAACACUGCUUCCCAUCCAAAGCAAGCUCAAAAAGUGCCAUGCCUUCUUCCCAGUCUUCCCACUGGCAAAUCUGUUCAGUGCCAUUGAUUUCAAAAUUCAACCAUCGCAAUUCCUCUGUCUUCCUCCCCCCAUCAAUCAUACACAUCUAUAGUCACAAAGUCUAGAUUGGGCCUCAGUGAAACUGACCACAAAUGAUUCAUUUUAAUUGAGAAAAGCAUAAAAAGAAAUCUAUUAAUGUUUGUUCCCUUGGCUUUUUUUUUAAUCAAUGCACAUAUUUAAUCCUAUAAUACUUUACUUGCCAUUUCUUGCUAUUCUUUUUUUUAUUGAUUUCCUUUCAAAGAUUAGAAUCUGACACAUAUCAGCUUUUUCUAUGUGAUUCCUACCAAAAAAAAAAAUAUACAGUGGAACAAAUGGCCAGAGUUCUAGUACAUCUAGUACAGAAAGAUUUUCAUCUGAUAGUGAACAAGAUAACCAAGAAUCCUCAUGUUGAAAGCAUAGAGGUUUGGAUUUAGUUUCCAUUUGUUUUCUUUUUCAUUGUCCUUCCUACCCCUUCCCCCUUCCACUUAGCAUGUUGGUGGUCCCUUUGGUGGUAUUUGGGAAAGCUGGGCAGACUACUCAAGAAAUGUUGAGCUAGAAGUUACCAUUUAGAACAACCAGCUGAACCUUUUCUUUGUAUCUGUCCCUUUUUCAUACAUUAUUAUAAAUGAGUCACAAGUGUGAGCAGAUGUUCUCCUUUCCUUUGUCCUUAUUAUUCUUUUCUUUCUGCAAAAGGAAAAAGUAUCUGGGUUUGUUGUUUGUUUGUUUUUUUUAAGACUCUCCCUGAGGUAUGACAAGAGGAAGACAUAAGAGCAUAUGUCACCAUUCUCUAACUGCAAACUAAAGACAUUGAAUCUUUGUUAGAGCAUGUCAACUGAAACCUACCUGCCAUCUUGUAAAACACAAUCCACAAUUCUCUUAUUUUGCAUGCCUUUUAGUUGCAUAUAUGGAUCAUAUGUGAAAAUUAUAAAUGUCACUUUUAAUCUUUUGCCCCAAAUGCACUGAUAUACAGAAGCUUGAAACUAGGAACCAUGGUAAUGGAACUAUCUUGACCCUUCCUAAGACUCACCUGAGAGCCUGAUUCCAUUAAUCGUUUAAUCUUGUUUUGCUCUGCCAUCUCUGGUCACUCUUACAAUAACUACAUCUGCUGCUAAUCACCCAGCAGGAGUGCCUCUCAAACACAACUUAUUUUCCAGCCAUUUUCCUUUUGCUAGAUAUCAUUAUAAUUCCUAUUCAGAGUAUGAUUAGCAAAACUUUUUCCAAUGUCACUUAGCAUGCAUUCAGUUUACACAAGGGCUCCAAGCACUAUACAAGAUCCUCUUUGGAUAAGGAGAGUUAAUGAAGUAUGAGGACUAUGGUUCUAUCUGGCAUUUUGCUUCAUUAUAUUUUUAUCACUUUUAUAAGGCCAAGUGUGCUAAACAGACCCCCUGGCACUGAACCCAUACCUUCCCUGCUACUUUGUAACCUGAAAAUGGCAAUCGGUAGUUCAUUAUGAUAUCUGUCUUAGCUAAAAAGAACAAAAAAAAAUACAAAAAAAGCAUAUUUUUCAAGAAAUUAAUCCUGAUUGUAUUUGAAAUUAUUAUUCAGUUCAUUUAUGGUGAAAGAAUAUUGAUCCUGAUGACUUCUAAAAAUGUAACUAACUGAAUCAUUAUCUCUCAUUUACUGUUGUAAUAAGCAUAUUUGGAAAAUGUACGGCUAGAGAGACAUAAUAAAGUGAUAUUAUCUUCCUUUUCUUUAGUAAUUACAUUAAAAUUAAUCAUGUUUGAUUAA